AUGCCAAAGUACAUGGCGAUCCUAGUAAACUGUCAAGCCCUAGUUUAUAAGAAUGCCCAAGGCUCGGGCUCACCCAAAAUAUAUCUUAGCACCACUAGAGACGCGGUUCGCCGUCUUCUUGUUCCAGUGACUCAUUUCCAUAUUAGCCUAGUCGGCAGCCAGCGGACGAAGAAGGAGGGCACGCUCAUCCCCGGACAAGGACUUGGCUGUCUCCAGCCAGUCCGGAAUGGUCCAGAAGGAGACGACGGCAACCAUGAUGGUAGCAAGUCCUUCGAGGAUGAAGAUCCAGCGCCACGUUCGGUACCCAGCGACGCCAUCCAUGUGACCAGUCGCAGAAGCAAGGAGUCCGGAGAUGGCGCCAGCCAGGAUCAAGGCAGAAGAGUAGAGAUUGAAGCGUCAUUGAAGGUCGUGACGUUUGUAGAACAUGCUGGUUAG